GGGCGUUUCCCUAAGGGGUGAGGCGGAAAGGGCGCGGUCGCCUCAGGGGGUGAGGUCGGUCCCCGGCUGUACUUGUCGCGCCGCGUCGAACGGCGCAAACCCCGAGCCCGUGGGACCAGGGGUUCUCGAGAUAGGGGCGACAGGCGAGGGGGGUUUAUUUCCCCAGUAAACAGGCAGACGGCAACAAUAUAGGCAACGAUCGAUGUAGAUAUAAAAAACUCUUAAACACCAAUGUCGGAAAAAAAUUAACUUAGAUUCGAGAGAAAAUUGUUAAAGAACCCGACCGACUAGCAGCUAUACAUACUGUAUCUAUCUAGCUAUCUAUCUAUCUAUCGAAGUACGUAGGUUUCGAAGUUUACGUAGAAAAUACUAAAAACGAGAUCAAACUUAUGUACUAUACUCGAAAUCGCAAAAACCUAGGCUUCAGUUAUGAGAGUUUUAUUAAUUAUCGCCCAAUGCAAUAUUUUCAGCCGCACCCGAACGGAGGGGUCCGCGUCUAUCCUCACAAUAUAUUUAACUGGCCAAGUAGGCGAUGUAGACUUCAAAUAGAUCCUAUAUAUCAUAGCAUUUCGUUUAAUAUUGCAUCUGCGUUUUGUUUGCUCAUACACACGAACUAUUAUUAUAUGGCCGCGUCUCAGUACUAAAUAAAUAUGCUAUGCUGCGAUGCGAUCUGAUUGUAUAUUGUCAAGAUGAAAUAAUAUUAAAGUGGAUGGAUUAAUAAUUUGUAAGACCACCAUAAAUGUUAGCCCGUUCAGUUUAGGUUUUAAUGUUUCGAUACGAUUCCAAUAACAAUUUAUAUUGCCAUAAUUGCAUCAUUUUCGAUCAUAUGCCAAAUAUGGUCGUCUACAGUACAUUUGCAUGUUUAUUGUUUUGAUUGGUUGUUUUUCUUAAACCAGACAGAGUACUCAAGUAUAAGUAUAUAAAGAAAGGAUUAUCAAAAUUUGUUUUCUGUAAAAAAAAUUUGCUCUGCCAGUUAAAGCAGUAUUAUUUUAACAAUAUGGGUGAUGAUAGAAUGUCUUGUGACUUGACAAAAACUAUGAUUCUCAUUGAGAUGCUUCUCUCUAAGACAUUUUUAAACCCUGAAAUUCAAUGGUCAGGAACAACCUUUAAUCGUGAUCAUUUCAGUUCAGAUAAUGAGGCAGAACAACAAACCGUGGAUGGUGUAUUAAAAAUUACAGCCAAUUUUAACAAGUCGCUGAUAUUCUUGGACUUCAUGAAACCAAUGUUGAAAAUACUCAAUGUCAUAUCAGAAACCAUGAUAAAGAACUGUAUUCGCUGUGUUCUAGGAAAAUCAAAUAUUGAACGAUGCAAAAUAUCAUUUAUUCAUGAAAGCGAAGAUGACACCAGCACUGAUGCUAAAGUUGAUGACCCUAAAAAGAGCAGACUUUGGGAGGUUACCAAGUACGUCGAUGAUGAUGGAAUUACUAAAAAGAUGACUUUUUCACUUAAAUAUUGUGGACUUUUUAAACCGAUCUUUGACCAAUCAGAACUGAAACAAAUGUAUACAAAUCAGAUCGAAAUCAUUAAAUUGCUUAUCCCCGAAGCUGUAUUCAAUGUUUUAGGAGAUGACGCAUUCUCAUCUGAGAGGUGGGUUUUCGAUACUUACGAAGAGGGACUAGAUUUGACACUCGCUGCCGAUUUAAUUAAAGCGUGUUUUUAAUAAAAUAUCGAUGAUGAAUAGUUGUAUGAACAUAAAGUCACGAGAGAUGCUAGGUUAUUACACCUUCUAGGGUCGGCUUUACAUUGAGUUCAAUGGUGAAAGCUUGCAAUAAACACUUAAUUUCAUGAUUUAUCAAAGAGUGUUGGUUGUAUCUAUCUGAAACUUGAAUGGCGUACUGUUGGAUGACCCUGUCAAUGUACAUAUUGUGAUUUAACAUGAAAAUUGCUGGAAAACACAUAAAUUUUAUUUAGAAAUAAAAUGAUUUAAAAAAAUGUAUUUUAAACCAUGUUCGUGUUUGAUGAAAUAUAUUGGGCUCAACCCAUGUUUAACGAAGUUGCAAUUUUAAACAUUAGAAAGCCCCCCCCCCUGGAGUUUUUGAAUGGAACAAAGUAUUUCACCUAGUAUGC